AUGAAGAAGCUCCAGGAAGCUCAACUGCGAAAGCCCGUCACUCCAGACCUGCUGAUGACCCCCAGUGACCAGGGUGAUGUAGACCUGGAUGUGGACUUUGCCGCAGACCGGGGGAACUGGACAGGCAAACUGGACUUCUUGCUGUCCUGCAUUGGCUACUGUGUGGGUCUGGGGAACGUCUGGCGUUUCCCCUAUCGAGCCUACACCAACGGAGGAGGUGCCUUCCUCGUGCCCUACUUCCUCAUGCUGGCCAUCUGCGGCAUCCCUCUCUUCUUCCUCGAGCUCUCUCUGGGCCAGUUCUCCAGCCUGGGACCCCUGGCCGUCUGGAAAAUCAGCCCCCUUUUCAAAGGUGCCGGCGCGGCCAUGCUGCUCAUUGUGGGCCUGGUGGCCAUCUACUACAACAUGAUCAUCGCCUACGUCCUCUUCUACCUCUUCGCCUCCCUCACCAGCGACCUGCCCUGGCAGCACUGUGGCAACUGGUGGAACACAGACCUCUGCCUUGAGCACAGAGGCUCCAAGGAUGGCAACGGGGCCCUGCCCCUCAACCUCACCAGCACCGUCAGCCCCAGCGAGGAGUACUGGAGCCGCUACGUUCUCCACAUCCAAGGCAGCCAGGGCAUCGGCAGCCCCGGGGGGAUCCGCUGGAACCUCUGCCUCUGCCUGCUGCUCGCCUGGGUCAUCGUGUUCCUCUGUAUCCUCAAGGGUGUGAAGUCCUCAGGCAAGGUGGUGUAUUUCACGGCCACGUUCCCCUACCUCAUUCUGGUCAUGCUGCUGAUCCGUGGAGUCACUCUCCCUGGGGCCUGGAAGGGCAUCAAGUUCUAUCUCACCCCCCAGUUCCACUACCUGCUGUCUUCCAAGGUGUGGAUCGAAGCUGCCCUUCAGAUCUUCUACUCUUUGGGGGUGGGCUUCGGGGGCCUCCUCACCUUUGCCUCCUACAACACGUUUCACCAGAACAUCUAUCGAGACACCUUCAUCGUCACUCUGGGCAACGCCAUCACCAGCAUCCUGGCUGGCUUCGCCAUCUUCUCCGUGCUGGGCUACAUGUCUCAGGAGCUGGACGUGCCUGUGGGCCAAGUUGCCAAAGCAGGCCCCGGCCUGGCCUUUGUCGUCUACCCGCAGGCCAUGACCAUGCUGCCUCUGUCGCCCUUCUGGUCCUUUCUCUUCUUCUUCAUGCUGCUGACUCUCGGUUUGGACAGUCAGUUUGCCUUUCUGGAGACCAUUGUGACAGCUGUGACGGAUGAGUUCCCCUACUACCUGCGACCCAAGAAGGUCGUGUUCUCAGGGCUCAUCUGCGUGGCCAUGUACCUGAUGGGGCUGGUCCUCACCACGGACGGGGGCAUGUACUGGCUGGUCCUUCUAGACGAUUACAGCGCCAGCUUCGGGCUCAUGGUGGUGGUGAUUACCACAUGCCUCGCUGUCACCCGGGUAUAUGGCAUCCAGAGGUUCUGCCGGGACAUCCAUAUGAUGCUGGGCUUCAAGCCGGGCAUCUACUUCAGGGCCUGCUGGCUGUUCCUGACCCCGGCCACCCUCCUGGCCCUGCUGGUGUACAGCAUCGUCAAGUACCAGCCCUCAGAGUACGGCACCUACCGCUUCCCUGCCUGGGCGGAGCUGCUGGGCAUCCUGAUGGGCCUGCUGUCCUGCCUCCUGAUCCCAGCCGGCAUGCUGGUGGCUGUGCUUCGAGAGGAGGGCUCACUCUGGGAGAGGCUCCAGCAGGCCAGCCGGCCCACCAUGGACUGGGGCCCGUCACUGGAGGAGAACCGGACGGGCAUGUACGUGGCCACGCUGCCAGGUAGCCAGUCGCCCAAGCCGCUGAUGGUGCACAUGCGCAAUUCUCCCCCAUUCCAGCAGCAGAGAUCUGCCAGGGGUCUCUUCCGUGCAAGAGUGACAACUCCUGCUGCAUGUGGCCUGAGCCUGGAUAAGAUGGGGUCGCAGCUUCAAGCCAGAGGCUGA